AUGUGGCAAUUUACUGAUGAUUAAUAUCAUAAAUUUACAACUCUUCCUGAGAUUUUGAAGAGACCAGAUACUAAAACAAAAUAAAUUAGCAUAGAUAAUAAACUAGUUUAAGAAGAUCAAAAUGAAAAUACUGAAAUUCGACCAAAAAAAGUACAUAUGAAACCUAGACUCCCUGUUUUAUCGAAUUUGCUAUUAAAACCAAAAUAGACACCUACACCACCAAAAUAAAAUAAAGAAGAAACUAAAGUUACAAAUAAAAAAAGAAUAGAACCUGUUAAAUCAGUAGUUUAAAUUAGAUCAAAUUCAAAUGCACCUUAAAUGGUAAAGUAACUAACAAAUGAAAAAUUAGAAAUAAAAGAAAUUAUCAAAAUAGAAUUAAAACCAUAAAAAUAAAUAAUGACAUUAGAUGAAUAUGAAAUCUAGGAAAUCAUUGGUUAAGGUUCUUAUGCAAUUGUUAGAAAAGGAGUACAUAAGAUUCAUGGUUAAAUUGUUGCCAUUAAAGUAUAUUCUAAAGAAAGACUCUAUGAUCCUUAACGUGCUAGAGCAGUAGCCAAAGAAAUUCAAAUUCUUCGAUAAUGUAAUCAUAAGAAUAUAAUUCAAUUAAUUAAGGUUGUAGAAUCUAAUAAAAAUGUAAGUUUUUUUUUUGAAUAUUAUUUAGAUAAAUUUAAUAAUGGAAUAUGGAGGUGAUCUAUCUUUGAAAAAAGUUAAAAAUUUAAAAGAAAUAGAUAUUCAAUAAAUUUUCUUUUAACUAUUAAAAGCUGUUAAUUAUUUACACAACAAAAAAAUAAUUCACAGAGACAUCAAAUUAGAUAAUAUUUUAUUAAAUGCAUAAAAGUAAAUUAAAUUUAACUAUAAAGAGAGAUCAAACUCAUUGAUUUUGGUUUUGCUACAGAAAUUGAUGGAUAUAUUAAUACUACAUAUGGAACUCCUUCUUAUAUGAGUCCAGAAAUGCUACCUCCAAAUCCAAGGUAUAAUGAAAUGACAGAUAUCUGGAGUUGUGGAGUUGUACUAUAUGCUUUAUUGUUUAAUAAAUUUCCCUUUAGUGGUCAUACAGAGAAAGAAUUAUAAAUGAAAAUAAAAAAAUAAGAUCUACAUAUCUAAUCAUUGGAUGAAGAGAUUGUGGAGGUGUUAUAAAAUUGUUUAGAAAGAGAUGUUGAUAAAAGAAAAAAAGCAGAUUAAUUAUUAAAAACAUUAUGGAUGAUUUGUUUAGAUUGA